AUGUUACAGUUCAUGAAAUACAACUUAGAAAAGAAAACCCAGGAACAAGAACGGCAGCUGUGUCUGUGGAGGAACACCAAAGAUGGAAGUCUUGCGCAGAUUCAGGAACUCGAGAAAAAGACCAGGAUGUUUACGCAAGAUGUGAAGAAGGUGAUGGAAGUCCAGGAACGUCUGGAACUCAACGUUAAAGAAGGUAUAAAAAUCAACCGCCAGCUGUCAGAAACAAACACCAAUCUCAGAGAGGAACUAGGCAGUAAGGAGGCAGUCAUCGAUGGACUGCGCCAAGAACUGGUGGAGACCAAGGCCAGUCUGUCCUCCCAGCCACAGGAUGUGGUAGAGAAGAUCAGCAGAUUGCAACACAGUGUAGAUAGCCUUGAGAAGGAGUUGAAAUCUCAAGAAGACAUGGUAAAAGGCUUGAGAGAGCAGCUGGCAGAGACAGUGACUGAGAAAAAUACCUUGACCUCCUCCCUGAAGGAGGCCCACCUCCUAGUGGACAGGCACAUCCAGUCCAACACUAGCCUGUCCUCCCAGCUGACCACCGCCCAGGCUGACCUGGAGGCCCUGAGGACACAGAAUGACCAGCUGAAGGCAGACAGUGAGGCAAAGGCCGGGCAGAUGAAGGAACAGGAAGCGCUACAUCAGGAGGAGACAGAGGCGUGGAAAAAAGAGGAGACCUCCCUGCAGGAGCGUCUGAGUGGUCUCCAGAAGGACUAUGAGGUCCUGAGUAAGGCACAUGGUAGUCUGGAGGAACUGAACACCAUGUGGGCGGGGAGGAAUGUGGACCUGACUGAGGAAGUGGAGAGACUGAAGACCAGCAAACUGACCCCAAGGAGCAGAGUGCAGUGGAUGUCCAAACUGAGGUCAUAG